UUCUCAAGUCUUCAGAUUCCUGCUAACACGGUCUAGGACACGUCCAGCAUCUUCGCAAGAACUUUGACAAGGGUUCAGUCGCGUUUUGUCUCCUCAAACGUAAGACAUAACAAACAGGCACCAAACGCACCCUCGCACGUUGCUCACCCUGUUCAUGAAAUUUUUGACGACCUUCUGCUAACCUCCUUCGACGCGUCCUCCGAUGAACAGCCAUAAUGCCCUUCAGUGGCUACCAUCUUACAUCGUUCCAUUCGUUUCACUCUCUUAUCCAACUCCUCCCCCCCUCAACCCCGACUCAUUCCACCAUUCCACGUACUACAAAACCGGGGUGCUAGAUGGCUGCUUCAUAAUAACCUGCAUUGCUAUCAUGGCUGUUCUGCGCGACGUAGUCCGCAUAUUUGUAAUGGAGCCUUUCGCUAGGUGGAAGCUCACCCGCGCUUGGGAGCGAUCUAAGUCCCAGCACAUCCAACAGAAUGGCAACAAAAAUGGCGUCAUGAAUGGAAACGGUCAUGCUGGGCAUGCCAAUGGUGAUUCUAAGCCAAAAAGCGUAAUGUCUGCUCGGGAUGCUCGCAAAAUUCAUCGCAGCGUUCUGAGGUUCGCAGAGCAAGGCUGGUCGGCCAUCUACUACACACUCCAAUGGUCAUUUGGCUUUUACGUUCACCGAAACCUUCCUACCCAAGCCCUAAACCCGACGGAGUUAUGGUCGAAUUACCCUCAUAGUCCCCUUGCUGGACCACUGAAGUUUUACUAUCUUACCCAGACCGCCUUCUACCUCCAUCAAAUCCUCAUUCUCAAUGCCGAGGCCCGAAGGAAAGACCAUGUGCAAAUGAUGACCCACCACGUCCUCACCAUUUUCCUUAUGGUCAUGAGCUACUUCUGCAAUUUCACCCGUAUUGGAUGCCUCAUCAUGGUAUUGAUGGACUGGAAUGAUAUCUUUCUCCCAAUCGCCAAAAUGUUCCGGUACAUUGGUUUAUAUACCCUUUGCGAUAUCACUUUUACUUGGUUCCUUACAUCAUGGUUCGUGGCACGUCACGUUCUCUUCGUCAUCGUCAUAAAGUCGGCCUGGUUCGAUGGCCCGCGGUUGAUCACCGUUGGCUGGGUGCCAGAAUUGGGACAUUAUUACUCUGAGCGGACUUACAAUACCUUUGUCUACCUGCUGGUAGCACUACAGUUCAUUCAAAUCAUCUGGUUCUGGAUGAUUUGUCGCGUUGCAUGGCGCGUGAUCAGCGGUCAAGGCGCUUCGGACGAUCGCAGCGACGACGAAAGCGAGGAAGACAAGAAGAGUCAGUGAUCUAGUGCAUUAGACGCAGGGGCGCGAUAUAUCGAUCAUUUAAUUGCCACACGUCGGCCUUUGCAUAUCUAGACAUUUCUGGACUCAACUACCAUACAAUUCAACAUUUUGGAUACUUAGAUUGUCACUUGUGACCGAAUGACUAAAAGCGCGAUGAAGCGGCGAGUUGCCUU